UAGAUAACCAUUUGACAUAAAUCAAAAUACAAAAACAGUGAGGUUUGGAAGCCAUCUUGUCAGUGGCUGGACGGAAAUGGCAAAACUAUUCCAAGGGAAGUUCUUCUUCCUCCUCACUGCUACCUUAAUCAUCAACAUCAUCAUCACUAUGAGAACACCCAGGACGAACAAGUCUGUCCCAAAGCCAUGUGGGCCUCCGAGUACUUGCCACUUACACAUCUCUGAGCAGAGCAUCACCCCCCUCAACAACACCAAGCACUUGCUGGUGUCAGCCUACAUGGACCAGAGAGUGAAUGGUUUGGAUAUACGCAUCAUUGGCAUAUUCAGGAGAGACUCCGUCCAACCCCUUCACUGUUUUUUCUGCUGUGCAGGCCAUUUAUCAAGAAAAACAACUCCAGCAACAAUUUUACAACACUCAGACCACUUUGGUUUUCCCUUCGUCACUACAGAUGUCAUGUGUCAGAUUCCUCAAAACUGCAAAGCUGCAUAUGUCACUCUUCUGCCUCAGCCAGACCAAGUGAUUGUACCUGACCAGAUCUGGCUCCCCAUAAGAAACAAGAAGACCAAUGGGAAGGAAGAGAAAAAGUUGCAGUUUAACUUCACAGUCUGUAUCUCCAACCUGUUUGGAGACUACAACAAUGUGCUUCAAUUUGCACAGACCCUGGAGAUGUACAGGCUGCUUGGUGUGGACAGAGUGGUUAUCUAUAACACCAGCUGCGGCCCAGACCUUAACCGCCUGUUGCAGAGUUACAGCCAGGAGGGUUUUGUGGAAGUGGUUCCUUGGCCCAUCGACCAGCAUCUGAAUCCAUCUCAUGGCUGGCUCUUCUCACAGCACAGAGGGGACGUGCACUACUUUGGCCAGCUGACAACGCUUAAUGAGUGCAUUUACAGAUCGAUGGACCGGUCACGCUAUGUCUUGUUAAAUGACAUUGAUGAGAUAAUAAUGCCAUACCAACACAACAGCCUAAUGCCUCUGAUGGACAUGCUCGAACGGCAGCAUCCAAAUACAGGGGUGUUCCUCAUUGAGAAUCAUAUCUUUCCCAAUAACCUCUUGAAGAAAAGUGAAAUGGGUCCUCUGCCUCUAUGGAAAGGGGUGCCAGGCUUUAAUAUUCUGGAGCGCAUUUACAGGGAGGAGCCCGACAGAAGCAUAUACCACCCACACAAGCUGAUAGUUCAGCCGAGGGCGGUGGAGCAGACCUCAGUACACGAGGUGAUCAAGAUGUUUGGAAAAAAGUUCAAGGUUCCACCGGACGUCUGUCGGAUCAUUCACGCUCCGAUCAGUACCCCGUCUCUGCCGGUGCUGGAGAAGCUCCACAUGGAUACCCGACUGUGGAACUUCACUGAAAAACUGAUCCCCUCUACGAACAUGGUGCUGAGGAGAGCGGGGCUGUUGCACUCAUGAGGGGUAGAGCUGACGGACGGUGAUCCAACAAUGAAUGUAAACCCGCACUAGCAGGACAUUUAAAAACAUCUUGGUAUAAUGUAAGCAGUGGUAGGUGAUACUAUCUCCUGUCUCAACUACGAACCACACCCUCAACUGUUUUACUGCUGCCUAGUGGUCAAUAUUUGAAACUAAACAUAUGAAGAACUGUGGUAGUAGUGAAGUGUAUGAGUGUGAGUGAGGUUGUAACUGGAUGCAACUGCUUCUGUGACUUGUGCUUCUAUAUUCAAACCAAUCGGCAGCUACUACGGCUUGAGGCUGAAGUCAGUACAGAAGUCCCUUAAAGUACAAUGCCACUGAGGGCCGUUAGAUGCUGGCUCCAAAAAAUCCCUGGCUCCAACUGAUUCCCAUUCAAAAAGAGCCAACUUUUCAUUAUGGUCUCAAUCACUAAAUUUGGGCCCUCUAAUAAGUGUGCUGGGGGUCAUUUUGGAAAUUAUUGCUCCAUUAUUAAGAUUUGAACACUUAUAGUAGGCUUUGAUGUCUGCUGUGUGGGCGUUGAUUGACAGCUGUGGUUAACAGUUCACUCACCUGCUGCUCUCCCUAGCUCCAGGCUUCAAACUGGCUCCAGUACAAACCAAUAGGGGACGUCACACCUCACUAUGUCCAUCUUUAUAUACAGUUUAUGAUUCAAACUGAUAAUUUCACACCACCAGACUCUCUCACUCUCUGUGUCUAACACACAAUGAUACAGUCAGGAUCAACAACAAGCCAUUUAUCACAACAAUCAACAAUUUUACUUGUGGUGUGGCUCAUGACAUGAUGCUCUAGAAGCAUUGGUGCCAAAUUGGUAGUUUUAUUUCUAACCUCAUCAUAAAAAACACUGUAACAUGUAGUGGAUUUCUGUCCUGUUCCCUGCGUCCUUGUGACUAGUGGUGCUACAACAUUCAACUUCUGUUCAUGUCAUGUGAUCCUCACCUUGUACAAUCAUGGACUGUAGUGGUUAGGAGUGGGUGAUACAACAAAAGUUUGU